CAAGUUGGAGGGAAAAACGUCCACUCAGAACACAUAAAAAGACAACGGACUGAAAUAAGGAUUUGGGAAUAAUCCGGAAUCCAUUUCUCAAAGUUUCAGGAAUGAAUGAGCUGAAGGUUACCCUAAGAGAUCUGGAUCACCGAUACUCGCUCUUCAAGCAGCAACAAUUCACCUUUGUUACGGCUUUGGAUCACACACGGGAGAGUGCACAUGACAAGACUCAACCCGUGUCCACUCUUUCUCAGGUUCAGAAUUACCUGGACCACCACUGUACCAAUACAACCGACAGGCGAAUCAUGAUCAUGUUUCUGGACCUUUGCAAAGAUCUCAGUGAGUUCUGUAGUAGACUCCAGGAUAUAAAUCCCAAAUCCUGCUCACCCGAUGAUGUACUGGAGAAGUGUAAAGUCCUUCUCAGCUGCAACCACGACAUAAGAAACCUCAGAGCCAAAUAUCCUCACGAUGAGCUGAACCACCUGAGUUGUGAUGAAGCAAAGCACCACUAUGGAGGUGUGAUCAGCGUCCUACCAAUUGCCCUCGAUUACUUAAAAGAUGGUAUGGGCGGCAUCGAGUUAGCCCAGUAUGAAGCUGCUAAAAAUAACAGAUGUGAAAUGCAAAAAGCCGCAUUUGCUAAGUGAUCGAUGUGUGCAAUUUCCAUUCCCAGAAACCUGAGUAUCAUCAUCUCUUCCCGUUCUUUCAAGGAAAGUGUUGAAGGAAUCUUAGUAUUCUGACAUUAUCUAAUUUGUUUGCCAUUAUUAAUAAACAGAUGAAAGUCAGAUGUUUCAUUCUGUAAAUU